CCCCUCUCUCUCUCUCUCUUAAUAUACUCUGAUCUCCCACCGCCAAUUUCCCAACUCUUGCCGGAAAAGACGACGGAGAUGGACUCAGGCUUAUUCAAUCUCGCCGGCGCAGCGAAUCACCUCCUGAAUCUCUCACCCCAAGGCAUCGCAAAUCUCGUAUUUCCAAUUAGGGCACAUGAAACAAUCAAUGAAAUAAACGGACCUUCGAAUUACUUACCAGUCGACAUCCUUGAUUCUCAAAACGAGUACAUCUUCUUCAUCGACGUUCCUGGCCUAUCCAAGACGGACAUUCAGGUAACUGUGGAGGAAGAAAAUACACUGGUAAUAAGAAGUAGUGGAAAGAGGAAAAGAGAUGACGAGGAAGGAUGUUGUAAGUAUAUUAGGAUGGAGAGGAGAGCGCAGAAGAAGAUGAUGAGGAAGUUCCGGUUGCCGGAGAAUGCUAAAUGUGAAAAUGGAGUGUUGAAUGUGGUCGUUGAGAAAUUGCCGCCACCGCCGAAGACGGUUAAAGUGGUGGACAUCUCUUAGUUAGAGAAUUAGGGUUUUGUAAUUAUCUCUGUUUGCAAUAGUUCAGUUUCUAGAAGAAACUCAUUUUGCUUGUAUCUAUUAUUAUGAAAAACUUCAAUUGCAA